UUGUUAUUUCGAAACGGUCACACUGUCUCUAAUAUUACAAAUUACGCAGAAAUAAAAAAAAAACACUAUUAAAAUAAAAAAAGGCAAAAAACUGUACAAGGCAGGCAUAAAGAUGCUUAUUUGCAUCAAGAUGCAGCCUAUUAAGUAAGGGGAAGGAUGGAAAAAGUGUUCUGGUUGUGCGAACAAAAAUCUAUCAAAAAGUCCAGGAAAAAACAUAUUCAACAAUAAUGAAUAACUCGAACGGGUCCGAACCACGACGGCAGGGGCCACCAGCAGCGGCUGUGUCGCCCCGAGUGACUCAGUCGUUGGCGCAGUUUGAUGCGGAGAUUGAGGAACAAUUACGACGACAAGUGCGCGUCCAACAGCCACCGCUGCCAGUUGGACCGAGCGUGGUGCCCAAUGGUGCCUUUCCUGGCUCCCUCACACCUGGGUGGAACGACCCACCACUACUGAACCACGACUCGGUUCUGGGUAAUGCCAACAGUCGGCGGCCACGCAUAGAUCCACGUCGUCGCGCGCCCUACCCCAUCGAGGGCAAUUCAGGACUCUUUUUCCCAAACCCGGAGGCAGGCGGUGCUGAGCCCUCUUCUCGCCCAACAGCCAUGGUAAUGCCGCGUCAGCUGCCACUGCCCCCUGACGCAACCAAUGGCGCUGCACACCACGAGCCCGAUGAGGGUACAGUACCAACCCGUGGACGGCCCGCAUCAGGCAAUGCCGCGUCCAGAGUGCCCACAGCCGUGGUGCCACCUCGCAUGAAGAAACCCAAUCAUGCAAAUUUACCACACUUUUAGAUCGUAAUCAAUUGAUGUAUCAUAGAAAUUUCAAAUUCUUGUGUGUAAGCAUUCGCAAACUGCGGUAGAAUGCAUUUAGGGAUUACACAUACGUCGUUAAACUCCCGUUUCCGACACCUCCCCAGGACCUACGUCAGGAUGACACAUCAAUACUCCCUUCUGUAAUCCAGUAGAAUGCACGUAAAAAUAUACAACUCUAAUCAUA